AUGUGCCUAUGCUGCGGGGAUACCGAGCCUUCCCAAGUCACCCCUGAAAGACCAAGAAGGCUGCAUCCUGCAGAGAUCACUGAACAGCAGCUUGCUAAUAAACGUAUUCAGCACUUCCAAGAGCUACAGAAAGAGAAAAGGAGAUUGAGUAAACAGUUUGCAAACCCCAACCCCAUUCAAGAUCCAGGACUGCUAGUAAGUACAGAGGUUUCACUGAAAAUAACUGGUCCUUAUACAUAA